AUGGGAAUACCUUCUUUCUACAAGUGGGUAGUCAACAAGUACCCAAGCGUCACCUCCCCUGCGAAGGAGGAACCAGAGGAGUGCCCUGAUGGCAUCUACGACAACCUCUACGUCGACAUGAAUUACAUCAUCCAUUGUUGCUUCCACCCACAGGACCUGAUGCAUGCAGACAUAGAUGUGUGCCCUCCGAUGACGGUCAGCGAGGUGUUCGAGUCCAUGUUUGAGUACAUGGACCGCUUGUUCCGCAUCGUCAGGCCAACAAGGCUCCUCUACUUGGCAGUAGAUGGCGUUGCUCCUUGCGCCAAAAUGAACCGUGUGCGAAGGGGACGUUUUCACUCUGCCAGGCUGGCAAGAAGUGAGGAGAUUGAAGAUUAUGAAAUGCGGAAGGAAUUAAGAGCUCAAGGGAAGGAGGAGCCACCGCGAGAGAUUUCUGAGGUUUCUGACCCCAAUGUCAUCGCCCCAGGUACCGAAUUCAUGGAGAAGCUAUCACAAGCCCUUGAGUACUACAUCCGUGCCAGACUUAAUAGUGACCCCUGGUGGAGAGACAUCAUGGUAAUACUCUCUGAUGCGAAUGUUCCUGGAGAAGGAGAGCACAAGAUCAUGUCUUUCGUCCGUGCACAACGCAGCAUGGAAGGCUAUGAUCCCAACACUCGACACUGCUUAUUUGGGCAUGAUGCAGAUCUGAUAAUGCUUGCUUUGGCAUCUCACGAAGUCCACUUCUCUAUUUUGCGUGAGGAUGUGCUCCUCCCAAAUCAGGCAGAAACAGAAGGGAAUCCGAAGAAACCAUUUCUGUUUUUGAACAUAUGGGUUCUGAGAGAGUACUUGGAGAUUGAAUUCAAGAUACUGGACCCAGUCUGCGAGCCUGAUAUUGAGAGGCUAAUAGAUGACUUCAUCUUUAUUUGUUUCCUGAUGGGAAACGAUUUCAUCCCACAUAUUCCAUCACUUGAGACGCAUGAGGGUGCAGUUGAUCUUCUCAUCGAAGUGUACAAAACAACCUUCAACAAAAUGGGAGGGUAUAUUAUCAACACAGACAAAGUCAAAGAUAAAAAUGGUGCAUAUCUGGAAGUCUCAAGGUUGGAAAUAUUUUUUCAUGAACUCUCCAUGUAUGAAGAGAAAAUUUUCCUCAAAAGAUAUGAACUGGAACAGGAUUUGUUGCUGAAGACAUAUCACGAAAUGUUGCGUGAAGCUUCAGAAAGUGAAAGACCAGAACUGAGACAAAAAUUAGAUGAUCUCCUUUUUAAUGAAGAACGCCCGUAUGACAGUAUAAGACUAGGAUUACCAGGAUGGAAGUCCCGGUUCUUCAGGGAGUAUUUCGGUGCCAAAACUUCUAAUGAAAUUGGAAAGCUGCAGAACGACAUGGCUCAAAAGUAUUUAGAAGGACUUUGUUGGGUGCUUCAAUGCUAUUCUGCAGACGUUCCAUCAUGGAGCUGGUACUACCCAUUCUAUGUUGCUCCUUUCGUAUCUGAUCUCAAAGGUCUAUCUAGGGUCGAGAUAUCUUUCAUAUUGGACAAACCAUUACGACCAUUUGAUCAGCUUAUGGCCGUUUUACCAAUGCGAAGCUGGUGUGCUCUCCCAAAAUGCUACAAGGAAAUAAUGGGCCGCGAAGAAUUUGACUACCCGAGGUUGGAGCAUGACACCAAUGGGAAACAUUUCUUGUGGAAUGGUAUCUCUGAGGAACUGCUGCCUUCGGUCACCAAAGCGGUAGAUAAAGAGCUCACGACCCAUGAAUCGAGACGGAAUACCGCUAGGCAAGAGAAGAUCUUUCUGCACAGGGACUCGAGCUCUUUGCCACACAAUGAAGUUACUGAACAAACAUCGCACUGUUCAGUGCAGAAGCUUCUGAUAGAUUCAGCUACGAGUGGAAUUGGAGGAUGGAUAGUGCCUGCUGACAAUGAUGGCCUCAGCGACGGUUUCUUCCACUCGCCCACUACAAACCUGCAGGACAUUACGAGUGAUCAGACAAUAUCAGGUACGUUCUUCAACCCUGAGGCAGCGAAUCCAGUUCCAAGACUACUUGUCAAUGUCAGAGUACCUGACAAGACUGUUACCGGAGCCGACAUCUCGAAGCGGCCACUCUGGCACACGUACCUGGGCUCAAGGCCGCCGCGCAUCAUUCAGAGGCCGGAGACCCUCUGGAAGCCGAGCACGCCGGCGUCGCCGCGGGAAGAGCACAAGAACGCCGGCACAGGGUGGAUCGGGCGGGGGAGAGGGGCGAACGCCCUUGCCGCCGCCCAGACGCAGCUAACAAGGAGUAGCAGCUACAGCUACAGGAGAGGGGGUGGUUUCCAUCGGGCGGGCAUGGCGCAAAGCCGAGGAAGCAGUAGCAGCAGGUUCGACGACGACGACGGUGCGUACAGUUUCCGGCCGCUUGGAAGUGCGCCGUGGACCGCCACCAGAGAUAGCGGCCGAAGCAGAGGCGCCGGCCAUGGCGGGAUUGCGCAGCCACGUGGUUGGUAG